AUGGCCGAACCAUCAGCAGGGAGGGCAUGGAAGGGAGCAGAUAGGUACUUGGAGGACACUGGAUUGAACAUCACAGCAACAGCGGGCUCCAUAGCUGCAUACAGAGCAGCAGUGAGUUUGGUGAAUCAGUCCUUUAUCGACGAUCCCUACGCAGCUCUGUUUGCAAGAGAUACGUGUCCUUCGAAGCUUGAGGAAACUGUCAAACUAGAACCCCCAAAGCUUGCACGCAUUGCCGUUCGGACGAAAUUCUUUGAUAAGUUGAUCUUCGAAGCAGUACAUGAGCUUGGAAUCAAGCAGGUUGUGUUGAUCGGCGCCGGGUUUGAUGCGAGGGCUUUGCGGGGUCGGGAUUUCCGUUGGGCGGAGGUUCCACCCUCGACGCCAAGAGAGCUGAUGGACGGGCAGCGGCUGACGAUCUGGGAGCUUGACCUCCCCGAGAUCAUCAACAAGAAGAACAGCAUCUUGAGACGAGCCGGGAUGGACUCUCACAUGGCCCGAAGCAUGAAGCUCCCGCUCACUUUCCGUAUCGGCGUUGACGUCAUGGUUGAGGACUGGAUGAGCGUAUUGAAGAGAUACGGCUUCCAGUCACAAUACCCAUCGUGUUUCCUACUCGAAGGAUUUCUCUACUACUUUGUAGAAGACGAUGUGCAGAGGAUCAUGACCCAGAUUUCCAACGUAACAGCACCCGGGUCCCGGAUCGGGUUGAGUGCUGUGAGUGCAGCGGCGGCAACGAAUGGGAGCCGUUGGCAAUGGGGAACUGACUCCCCAGCACGAUUCUUGGAGACUUGGGGCUGGACAGACGUAGCUGAACAGGAGCUCGGCAAUCCAGAGAUCGCAGAAGGAUGGGAUCUGAGCUAUGUCAGCCCGAAUGGAACAUCUCCGCGCGACGAUUUCAAUGUGAAGCGAACCUGGUACGUUACUGCAAAGAAGCCUCUCCCUCCAGCCAAGGCGCAUGAGAAGAUGAAGAACAAGAUCCUGGAGUUCUGGGAGAAAGCGCGCCCUUGGGCCUUGAAGGUUGCUGCCAUUCUCGGGGUUGGUAGAACUUGA